CUCAUGUAAACCUAGUACAGAGUAAUGGGGCGUCGGUUUAUUGCAAAAAGUCACUAAGUAUAAUUUUUGUGAAUUUUCACUUUUCGACAUCAUAUGAUUCAACUUUCCAUUCUUUUUCAUUGCAAGAAGUCACCAAGUGCAUAUCUUGGCUACUGUUAUCAAUAAUAAAGGUUUAUGUUUCAUCAACUACCACAGAGCUUCCCUGAUAUAAUGCAAGAAUUCAUUAAGUAACUAAAUGAGUUUUAUGCAUUUCAGAAUAUAUAUUAGUUAGUGCAAAAACUCAUCAAGUUACUUAGUGAAUCUCAACACAACUUUGUGUCCAUUUCUUUGAUUGCAAAAACUCACUAAGAGCACUUGAUGAGAUUUUGCACUCUAGCAGGCAGCUGUCCACACUAAAAGGCAUUGGUAGUUUGUGAUUUGUGGCAUUCUCGUAAUCCUAACCAAGAUUCUGAAGUAAAUUUGAUUCCGAGGUUGUUGAGAGUUGUUGUUAUAGAAAAUAAUAUAAAAAUAUUUUUUCUUUUUUAUAAUAUCUUUAACAAGUUUUGAAAUGUCAGAGGAAGAAGGAGAAUCAUCCAUAUUUCUGUUAAGAGCGGAUUUAAUAAGAAAUUUGGUACAUCAAAACACAAACAGAGGGGUAAGCCAAUUUCAUACAAGCAUCUUCUAUCUUAAUAUUAUUUUUAAUCUUAGAUGUAAAUAUCAUUAUAACUUCUGAUGAUAAAUAAGAAACAAUAGUUUUAUUGUAUCAAACCAUGAGAAAUGCAUGAAUUGAGAACUCAAAAUUCUUAUUCGAAUCUUGAAAUUGCCAUGUGUCUGGCAGAAAUAGUUUCUCAUCAAUGUUCAAAAUGCAAUUACCAUAUGUUUUUAUUCAAUUAUAUACAUUGAAUGCUGUAAAUUUUUGAAUGUGAAUGUAUUAAGGAUUUACAAUAAUAAGACCUAAUUAUCACUAGGCUGUGAAAUUAUGAAUUUACGAACUACGGUAAUUAUUGUUGUAAUGUGUGUAGGCCUACUACAUACACAAAACUCAAUUUUAAUACUAAUGGUAUACCUUUAAUCAAUUAAUAUUUCUUUAGCUAGUUGUGAUUGUAGAAAAAUCUGACAUUGUAAUACUACCAUUUAAGUUUAAUAAAUUAUUCUUAUUGCAGGUUUUAACAGAACCAGACAUCAUUGAUAGGCCCAUCAUGGUUGAUUCACAAUUGGAAGUUUUGAAUGAGGAAGUAUUCCUGCUUGAUGGAGAAAGAUACAAAAUCAUGGAUAAUGUUGAAAUACAGGAAACUAAUUACAACCAAGAUUUGGUAACAGACUUGAAUGAUCUGGAAAAUGAUGGAGUUGAGUCUGCUAUGGAUAAAAGUCAAUUCAUUUCAAAUGUUCCUGUUCAAGAAGCUAAGGAGACUAACUGCGAUCAAACUUUCAAACCAUGUACAGAAAAUAAUGUGAAUGAUGAUUUUGUUGAGUCUAAUGUUGAUGAAAGCAGAUUAAUGCAAGAUGUUGAAGAAGUUCCAUCUGAAGAGACAACCUUCAAUCAAACUUUCAAACCAUGUACAGAAAAUAAUGUGAAUGAUGAUUUUGUUGAGUCUAAUGUCGAUGAAAGCAGAUUAAUGCAAGAUGUUGAAGAUGUGGAUAUUGAAGAAGUUCCAUCUGAAGACAAUGCUGAUGAUCCUACAUUCGAGCCUGAUAAGGAGACUCCAUCUUGUCAGAAGAAGAAGGGGAAAAAGAAAACAUCUAGAUGGCACAAGAGAAGUCCAGAUCAAUGGGAUAGAAAUAUUGUGAAGAGAAGGAGGUAGAUUGUCUGGAAUAUCAGACCAAAAAGGGUAUGAUGCCUGCUAAACAACCUAAGGUUGUAGACUGCAGUGAAUGUCGCUUGAAAUGUGGUAAGAGUUUCACCAACAAUGAGAGGAUUUCAAUUUGUAAGACAUAUUGGGGACUAGCUGAUUUCAAACGACAGAAAGACUUCAUUCUAAAAUUGUUAAAAUUGUAGAACCAGUGAGAAGGAAAAUUGAUGUUCAACAAGAUAAACAGAGAAAGUGUAGUAGAAUGUACCACCUUCCCAAAGAGGAAUGUGAGGUGAGGGUAUGUCAAAGCUUCUUUGAGAAAACACUAUGUAUUAGUAAUGGACCAGUAAAUAGAGCUUUCUCUGGAUCAAAAAAUGGGUCAUUCAUUGAAAAUGAUAGAAGAGGAAAAAAAGAACCCCACAACAAAACAAAUAAAGAAGAUUUGGAUGAUGUGAGGUCUCACAUUGAGAGUUUUCCUGUUAUGGAGUCUCAUUACUACAGAAAAUCAACUCAAAGAAAAUAUUUAGACUCUAAGUUGUCAAUUUCCAAAAUGUUUGAGCUUUACAAAGAAAAAUGCCAGGAAAUAGGUAAGAGCUCUGUUUCACCAGCUGUGUACAGGCGAGUUUUCUGUACAGAGUACAAUCUUUCUUUUUUCAUUCCAAGGAAGGACCAAUGCAUGCUAUGCAGCAAACAUGAAAAUUUGAAAAAAGAUGGAAAUUUGACAGAGGAGUUUGAUAAACAAUACUCUGAACAUUUGAAAGAAAAUCUGAUGCUCGAGUGGAGAAGGAAGCUGACAAGGAAAGGUCAAAUAAUGAUAUCAGCUUCAUGUCAGCUUCAUUUGACCUUCAAAGCAUUCUUCAGUUGCCUUCAAGUGAAGAGUCACUACUUUAUUACACCCGCAAAUUAUGUGUGUACAAUCUAACAAUUUAUGAGACCAAAAGUCCAAAUGAAGCUCAUUGCAUGUUGUGGAUGGAAACAGAUGGCAAAAGAGGCAGCAAUGAGAUUGGCACUGCAUUGAAAUUGUGGAUUGAAAAUCUUCCAGAAAAUAUUAAAGAACUCUCGCUUUUUUCUGAUACAUGUUCUGGUCAAAGCAGAAAUCAAUAUAUUUCUGCUCUUUUCCUACACCUCACUCAAACUACCAACAUUGAAAUAAUAGAGCAAAAAAUUCUUGAAUCUGGCCACUCUCAAAUGGAGGUGGACAGCAUGCACAGUGCUAUAGAAAACAGCAAGAAGUUUGUGUCUUGCUUCUCACUCAAUGAUUGGGUCAAUGUCAUGAAAAUGGCCAGAAGUAAAAGGAAGAGGAGUUCUGCAAAUCCUUUCCAUGUGAAACAACUCUCUUUCGAUGACUUUAUUGACCUGAAAUUAUUGGCUAAACAGACAAUAAAGAACAGGCUCAAAGAUGAGAAUGGAGAACCUGUCAUGUGGCUAAAAAUAAAAUCGAUGAAAUAUGAAAAAGCAUUCCCAGGACAAAUGAAAUUUCGGUAUGGCUUUGAUGAGCCAUAUCGAACACUGAAAGUGUUUGGUAGAGGACGGCCAGGCAAGUCUACGAUCCAGAAAUGCUAUAAAAGCCUGUUACCGAUUAGCAAAUAGAAAAAAAAUCUUAUAACAUUAUGCAACAAAGGGAUCAUUCCAAGAGAAUUGAAUGAUUGGUUCAGGAAUUUGCCAUGCAGUAAUGACGUGAGUGAACCGGAAUUAUUCAACGAAGAAACAGAAGAAGAAGACUGAAUUAAUUCAUCACUUCCUGAUCUUCUGUUGGUUCUUUCUUGUUGACUGUAAGGCUCUUACACAAUCAUCUUGGUGCUUUCCCACCACUUGAUUUGAAAAAAAUAUCAUGUAUUGAAAAAAUAAAAUAUAACUUGUUUGACUUGCAUUGGCAUAGAAUUUAUUAAACCUUAUUUAUUAAACAUACAAUUUAUUAAUAGAAUGAUCAGAAAAUAAUUAAUGUUCAGCUCCAAAUGCAAUGCAUAGUAGGGUUACCGUACUGGUUGAAAUGUAACAAAUUUUUAGUGCAAUAAGUCAUUAAGUGUGACUCAGAUUCAUUUAGGUCCUUUUUUAGUGAUUCAAAAUAAAUUUACUUCUCUGAUUCAUGGUUUAUUCUUCAAUAAUAUUGUUUUAUGAAUCCAAAUAGCAAUAGUAUCUUGAAAUGCCUCAUGAAGCUGAUUUUUCAUAUGAGUUGAAAGUUUGAAAAGUGAUUAUCUCAGGAUGACACAGAUGCUACUUAGUGACUUUUUGCAAUAAACCGACUUUUUCCAUACUAACUGGAACUGGCUGCUGUCCAAUGCUCAGCUACAGCUAAAAGUGUGUAAGGUGGAGUGAGUGAGACAGGCAUACCGUGUGGGAUUCCCUUCUCUCUCAUACUCAUACAUUUAAGCAGGUUGUUGCAACUCUAGAGUACGAUUUUUCAUUUUUAAAGUUGAAAAAUGGAUUUGAAUGAGUAUUGGGGCUAUCAGUAUUAGAUCACAACCUUUUCUCUUGA